AGGCUGGGAGAGGAGGGGUCACCCCGGGCGGGGGAUGGUGCCGGGGCCGAGUGCCCCGGGGAUACAGCGCCAGGGGCCGCACGCUGGCUCCCCCGGGCCGGGUCCGAGCGCUCAGCGCCGGCCGCAGGAAGUACUAGCCCAGCCAGGCCUCCCAUGACCCCACUGCCAUGGCAACAGCCAGAGCUAACGUGCGCAGCGCGGGGCGGAAGUGCCGCGGCUCGCGGUGACGCCAGCUCUGUGAGGGGCGGAAGUGCGGCGCUUUGCGACCUGCGUCCCGCAGUACUUCUUCCUAUCCACGUGUGCUGGCCGGGCGGGGAGCCGGGCUGGGCGCACGGCGGAGCAUCUUCCUGGGGUGGCCAAUGGCAGAGGAGGAUUUGUUCCGGAGCGACCACCCUGUGAGCGCCAGUGAGGAUGAGGGGGAUGGUAAUGAGGAGAGGCGGCAUAGUCAGCUCUUGGAGGCCAUCAGCUCCCUCACUGGAAGGAAGCGGGGGAAGCUGGCUGAACGCACAGAAGCGAGCUUGCAGGUGUCCGAGUUCAACCUCAGCUGCGAAGGUGCCGGGGAGAAGCUGGUCCUGCCUGAGCUGCUGGGGUCCAUCCGGGCCUCGUCCUCCCUGGGCAUUGUGAAGAAGCAAUUGAAUAGAGUCAAGCAGAAAAAGUCCGUGGAGCUGCCACUCAGCAAAGAAGAGUCAGAGCGGGUUGUGAGGGAAGCUGCCUACAAUAAGACCUCGAAGGCCGUUGCCAAGUGGGAGCAGGUGGUUCUGCAGAACCGACGAGCGGAGCAGUUGGUUUUCCCCCUGAAGCAGGAGCAGAUGAGGGUUGCGCCCAUCGAGGAGGUGUUGACCAGCUGGAAGACCCGAACGCCGCUGGAGCAGGAGAUCUUCAGUCUUCUCCAUAAGACGCAGCAGCCGGUGACGGACCCGCUGCUGACGCCUCUGGAAGAGGCCUCGCUGCGGGCGAUGAGCCUGGAGGAGGCUCAGCUGCGCCGGGCAGAGCUGCAGAAGGCCCGUGCCCUGCAGUCCUACUAUGAGGCCAAGGCCCGACGAGAGAAGAAGAUCAAGAGCAAGAAGUACCACCGAGUGCUGCAGAAGGGCAUGAGUCGCAAGGCCCUGAAAGAGUUUGAGGUGCUGCGGAAGCUAGACCCCGAGGCUGCCCUGACAAAGCUGGAGGAGAUGGAGAGAAGCAGGAUUGAGGAGAGGAUGAGCCUCAAGCACCAGAACAAGGGGAAAUGGGCCCGCUCCAGAGCCAUUAUGGCCAAGUACAACUUGGAGGCCCGCAAGGCCAUGCAGGAGCAGCUGGCCAGGAACAAGGAGCUGACCCAGAAAGUGCCUAUGGAGCCAGAGGGCGAAGAGGAGGGCGACGUGGCUGGGGAAGGCCUCCUCCCGGACUCCAUCAAUGAGGUGCAGCCCAGCAUGGACGGAGCCAACCCUUGGAUGUUGGGGAAACCCAGCAGUGAAGCAAAGGACUCUGGGAUGCAGAAGGAUCCCAAGGACCCCAGAGAGUCUGUUGCCCCAGAGGAUGCUGGGAAUGAGGGAGAGGAGGUGUCAGAGGAGGAGAUCUUGUUACAAGACUUUGAGCAAAGACGAUGUACACGGCAACAGGCAGGGAGCCCAGAGCCCAAGGGUGCUGGCGAAGCGGAGGAGGAACACUUGUUUGUAGAGCUGCUGUCAAAUGUGCAGACGGAUCCUGGAGUGGAACAACCUGCCCAGGGGCUGGAGGGGCCGCUGCUGUCCGAGCAGCGGGGCAGGCGGUGCACGCUGGAGGAGAUAGAUGCUUUGGGCCAGGAGGAGGGGGCAGAAGAGCAGGAGCAGCCCUGGCCCACCGGGACACUGGAGGAGUCAGAGGAAGAGGGCAGUGCUGGGGGUGGCCACACGGCCAAGAAGGCACCUAAGCAGAAGAUGAUCAAUCUGCAGGCGGUCCUGGCUGGGGAGUCCCACGUGAUCCAGUGUCCUGCCCAGCCGGUCUCUGUGCAGGACGAGGAGGAGGAGGCUGCAGACCAGAGGCUGGUGAUCAAGGAGGCCUUUGCGGGGGAUGCUGUCAUUGCUGACUUCCUGCAAGAGAAGCGCAAGGUGGAGCAGGCGGGGAAGCCGCAGGCCAUGGAUCUGGUUCUACCCGGAUGGGGCGAGUGGGGUGGCACGGGGCUGCGGCCUAGUGCCAGGAAGAGGAAGCGGUUCCUCAUCAAGCCGGUGUCGGGGCCACCGAGGAGAGAUCAGCACCUGCCCCAUGUCAUCAUUAGCCAGCAGCGCAACAUCCUGGCUGCAGCACACCAGGUAGUGGCGUCCCCCAUGGCGUACUGGAAAUUGGUCUUGGCUGGUACCACGAGAGUCUGGACUUUGAUCAGAAGGAUUCAGUGGACCCUGCUGUGCUUGGCCAGUGCAUGGGCUUGUCCACCGUGUGUCUCCAUCAUGUCCUCCAGAAGGUAAGGGCAGCCUUGCCUCCUGCUUCUCUUGCUUUUCUUAAGCAGGCCCUGUUGGACGGUGCUCCCCAUCCACCCCUUGCCCUGGCCCUCCUGAAACUAUCAACCCUGUGUCCCACAAGCCUCCCCAGCCACACAACCUUAGUCGGCUGCACAAUAUCCAGUUGGUCCAUCUCUCAACUGCAUCCAGGAAAUAUCUGUAUAUACUCAUGCUUCACACCAUCCACUCCCUUGCCCUCACAUCCAUUCCUGACACCAAGAGGCAGGACCUGCUGCCACCCAAGGCGGACAAGGAACCCUGGUGGGGUCAGUCUGCACUCUACUCUGGUCCCAUAGCCUGCCAGGGAUACCGUUGGCAGGUCCUCCAUGGAGCCAUGAGCAUGGGUGUGUGCCCAGCACAGUUCAUGAACUCCCCUGACACCUGUCCUUUGUGCGGUGAGAGGGAGACCCUUGUGCACAUCUACAUGGGAUGCAUCAGAUAGCAGCCCCUUUUCUGGUUCCUCCAGGAGGCCUUAGUGAAGUUCUGGCUGCAAUUCUCCCUGCAUAUCCUGAUUUAUGCACAAACCAUCCAUGACCCCACAAAAUUGCAAGACUUCCUCAUCAACCUCCUCCUGGUGCUGACCAAGUCGGCCAUCCACCACUCCUGGAGGAGGAAGAUGGAUGGAUUGAUGGGUGCUCUGCAACUGUGGGGCCUAGUUCUGUUCCUUUGUGAAGUCAUGCCUCUGCGCAGAGUUCUUCUUGGCGGUGUCCAAUGAUUCCUUAGACACCUUUUGAGGAGCAGUGGGGAAUGUUGGGGGUUUUCUGCUCAGUGUCCCCUUCUAGAUCCCGGAUUUUUUUCCCCUUUGACCUUCACUCCUACCCCCCGCCUUUUUUUUUUCCAUUUGUUGUCCAUGGUAUUCACUUGGGGCCUGGAUUCAAUGUCUCCUCCCCCUCAGUUGAGGGAGAGACCCUUUAACAUUGGGCAGGCUUAAGCCCACCAUCUCCAGGUAACCACAAUAGGCAUGCACCUUCCAUGCAUGUAGUCCAGCAUGGAGUGUGCUGGCACAUGUCUUCCUCCACCUUCUCCAAUACGGCUGUCAGCUCUUCUUUUUCCACAUGGGUAGGGCCCUACCAAAUUCAUGGCCAUGAAAAAUGCAUCACCGACCAUGAAAUCUGGUCUUGUGUGUGCUUUUACUCUAUACUAUACAGAUUUCAGGGGGAAGGCUAGUAUUUCUCAAAUUGGGAGUCCUGACCCAAAAGGGAGUCGCAGGGGGUCGCAAGAUAAUUUUAGAGGGGUCAUAGUAUUGCCACCCUUACUUCUGCACUGCUUCGGAGCUGGGCAACCAGAGAGUGGUGGCUAUUGGCCAGGUGUCCAGCUCUGAAGGCCGCACCGCCAGCAGCGGUGCAGAAGUACAGGUGGCAAUACCAUACCAUGUCAUCCUUACUUCUGUGCUGCCACCGGCGGCUGCUCUGCCUUCAGAGCUGGGCUCCCGGCCAGCAGCUACUGCUCGCCAGCUGCCCAGCUCUGGAGGCAGCAUCGCCAUCAGCUUCUCGGCCGAUGGUCCCGAGACAUUUAUACAGAGCACAUCACUGGCCACCGCCAAUAUCGAGAGUGAGCCGGCGUGACUUCGUGCAUCCACAAUGAGGAAGAGACCUGUAAACUUCCUCUGUUGGACCUUAUCCCCUGAACCCACCCAGGGCCGGCUCCAGGGUUUUGGCCGCCCCAAGCAGCCAAAA